CCUACCCUUUCCCAUCUUAUUGUUAAUCUCGACCACCUUCUUUUUUUAUUUCCCCUUUUAAUACCACUUAUAUACAUAUAAUCAAAGAAAAGAAUGGGUCUCAGGAUUCUACAUCUUGUUCAGCCAUUCAUGGCUAUUCUUCCGGAAAUUGCGGCCCCUGAUCGCAAGGUCCCAUUCAAUCAAAAAGUUAUGUGGACUGCAGUUACAUUAUUUAUUUUCUUGGUCAUGUCACAAGUACCUCUUUACGGUAUUAUGUCUUCUGAUUCAGCAGAUCCUCUUUUUUGGAUGAGAGUUAUUCUCGCAUCCAAUCGUGGUACACUUAUGGAAUUGGGUAUUACGCCCAUUGUUACUUCUGGUAUGAUCAUGCAACUUCUUUCCGGUGCAAAUAUUAUUGAAGUGGAUUACAGUUUAAAGGAAGAUAGAGCUUUAUUCAGUGGCGCGCAAAAAUUGUUUGCUAUGAUUAUUGCUUUCGGCCAUGCUACUGUUUCCGUUUUGACAGGCCUCUAUGGUAAUCCUAAAGAUAUAGGCGCUGGUGUUUGUUUGAUUUUGAUUAUCCAACUUGUCGUUGCUUCUUUGAUUACCUUAUUAUUGGAUGAAUUAUUACAAAAGGGCUAUGGUCUUGGUUCUGGUAUUAACCUUUUUAUUGCCACCAACAUUUGCGAAAAUAUCUUCUGGAAGGCUCUUUCUCCUACUACCAUGGAUACUGGUCGUGGCGAUGAAUUUGAAGGUGCUCUUAUUGCUUUGAUUCAUCUUUUGAUGACACGAAAAGAUAAGACUCGUGCUCUUAAAGAAGCCUUUUACCGUACCAACAUGCCCAACGUUAUGAGUCUGUUAUCUACUGCUUCCAUUUUCUUGCUCGUUAUUUACCUUCAAGGCUUCCGUGUCGAAAUACCUGUCAAAUCGAAUCGUCUUCGUGGUCAACGUGGCUCUUACCCUGUUAAGCUCUUUUAUACCUCCAACAUGCCCAUUAUGCUUCAAUCUACUUUAACCUCCAACAUCUUUAUGAUCUCUCAAAUGCUUUACAAACGUUUUACUGACAACUUCCUUGUUCGUUUGUUGGGUACUUGGGAGAAUUUAGAUGGAACUUCUCAAUUAAAUGCUGUCAGCGGUAUCGCUUAUUACCUUUCUGCUCCCCGUAGUUUCACCGCUGCUCUGUUGGACCCUAUCCAUACUGUUGUUUAUGUUUCUAUUAUGUUGACUACCACUGCUCUUUUGUCCAAAACAUGGAUCGAAAUCUCCGGUGCUUCCCCUCGUGAUGUGGCUCGUCAACUGAAGGAUCAAGGUCUCGUCAUUGCGGGUUAUCGUGAUACCUCCAUGUAUAAGGAAUUAAAACGAGUCAUUCCUGUCGCCGCUUCUUUCGGUGGUGCCUGCCUUGGUGCUCUGUCUGUUUUUGCUGAUAUGAUCGGUGCUAUUGGAUCAGGUACUGGUAUCCUUCUGUGUGUUUCUAUUAUUUUCCAAUAUUUUGAAAUGUUUGCUAAGGAACAGAUGGAUGGUGGAAUGAAUUUAGAAGGCAUGAUGGCUCAAUAGUUUAUAGCCGUUUUUGUUUGUUUUCUCACCUUCGUUAAUAGCUAUUGUACAAUUAAGUGCAUGUUAUAAACCAUUUUUUAUAUAGUUAUUUUUCUCUCUUUCAUUUUACUAUUAUUAUUUUUAUUAUGAAAAAUAAAAAAGUUCUAAAAGAUUAAAG